GUUCGAAUUCGCGUCCAUCAUGUCGCUCGCUUUUUCAGGCUCAGUCCCUCGGUCCCUCAGUUCCUCAGGUCCUCGGCCCCAUGCCCGCCGCGUCUUGUUUCCUCGACUCUGGUACGACGCGUGAAAUGACAUGUUCCUGCAUUCUGCUCCCAAGUCUGAAAUUUCAUGCCCCGGUAUGCACCCUCGCAUAUCCUCUUCCACAUGAAUCGGCACGCAGGACGCUCGGGGAGUACAAAUCGUUCGGGCGUGGCCCGCAUUCACGGUGAAUGUUAUGGCCUGUGUAUCUUCGCAGCGGAUCGUCACAUCCAACAUACUAGAACGGGGUGCGCUUCUGGUUCCUUGAGAAUCAAAUUCAUUUCGUGUUCGAAUACGAAGUUUCUCGAUAUGAUUGAAGUCGGAUUCCGAAGGAUCUCCUCUAAAUUCCGCGAUGGGGCACGAUACAGUUGGGUGAUACAUCUAUGGAAAACAUUAUCGAUAGAUAUUUUAUCGGUUUCUGCUUCUGAAAUAGUGACAAUAAUAUGGACAUAAAUGGGUCGAAGUAUAUCUUCUGACAUGUUGAGAUCUUAUAUUUGGGAGAGCCAUCAUUUGCUUUCUUUUGUGCUUGCCGUAGCUCAUGCUUCGUUCUUUGGUGUGAACCGUGUUGUGAAGGCUGAAGUAUGUAGAGCCAAGGUGCACAUUGCACCGCUAUAUGUUCUACAUGGUUAAAAUUGGACCUCAUAACCCUCUAGCUUCAGUUGUGUGCCAAUACCCUAAUACCAAUCAUGUCGAGUGUUUUUCUCGGUGGUGGUGAUUACGGUUCAGGAGGAAACUUAAGCGCAAGGCCAUGGGAUGUUCAGAGCGGUUUGUCACAGCCAAACUGGAACAAAACAAGAAUGUGUCUUUCGAAGGAGGCACACAAAUGCAUAUUAUGUUCUUCUCUAGCUAAUAGACCUGGAGUAAACCCUUCGUGGUGUCUACAAAGAAGAUGGUGUCAACUUGUAAUUCUCCUUCUCAAACAUCUGUCGGAGAUCAUUAAGAAGGGAGGCCAGAAACCGCCACAAGUGCUCAUUGGAACCGUUGCCGAGACUUAAAGUAGUGGUGUGCCAGAAUUGCAUCUUCAAAAUCGAAAGGAGAAACGAUUGUCAAGGCUCGAGACAUGAUGGGUCAUCGAGGAUGUCUCUUAGACCCGAGAUGCGUGAAAGGAAUGAUCAUGAUACUCGCUCGUUUGUCACUCAUUCACAGAGGCCAGGGUCAAACAGGGACAUAAAUGUUUUAAUCAUGAAGAAAAUGGGGAGAAGAUGCUGAAGUGAUGUCAAGUUAUAGAGAUGAUGUCACAUCAAGGUGAAAAGUGAAAUUAUUGGGGAAAAUCAUUCUCAAAGUUCACAAAAAUGCAGGACAGAUGGAAAUUGGACCGAUCCGUUUGC